UUUAGGUUAGGCGUGCUGUGUGUUCCCCGGUGGGGACGGGAGAGGGAUCAUUCCUGUCGCCAGAGCUGCGGAGAGAGAGGGAUGCUGCGCGUCCGGUGCUUGCGAGGAGGAAGCCGGGGGGCCGAAGCCGUGCAUUACAUCGGGUCCAGGCUUGGAUGCAUCUUCACAGGAUGGGUGCAGCGAACUUUCCAGAGCACCCACGCGGCUGCAGCCUCCCAGACCACCUGUGCUGUUGCUGAUGAAAUUCACAAGGCCCCUGAUGCUGUUCCCGAGGAUUGCCCCGUCUGCUCAUACAACGAAUGGGACCCGCUUGAGGAAGUCAUUGUGGGGAGAGCCGAAAAUGCCUGCGUCCCUCCUUUUUCUGUGGAGGUCAAGGCGAAUACCUACGAGAAGUACUGGGGGUUCUAUCAGAAGUAUGGAGGCCAGAGUUUCCCCCAGGAUCACGUGAAGAAAGCAGUUGCCGAAAUUGAAGAGAUGUGCAAUAUUCUGAAAAUGGAAGGCGUGAUUGUGAGAAGGCCAGAGCCGCUUGACUGGUCGACCAAAUACAAAACACCCGACUUUGAGUCCACCGGGAUGUACGCAGCCAUGCCCAGAGACAUUUUGCUGGUCAUUGGGAACGAGAUCAUUGAAGCUCCGAUGGCUUGGCGCGCCCGUUUCUUUGAAUACAGAGCGUAUCGGCCCAUCAUCAAAGAGUACUUCCGCCGCGGAUCAAAAUGGACCACGGCACCAAAGCCCACCAUGGCUGAUGAACUUUAUGACCAGGAUUACCCCAUCCGCACUGUGGAAGACAGGCACAAGCUGGCUGCACAGGGCAAAUUUGUCACAACUGAAUUCGAGCCGUGCUUUGAUGCUGCGGAUUUCAUGCGAGCGGGAAGAGACAUCUUUGUGCAAAGAAGUCAGGUUACUAACUACUUGGGUAUUGAGUGGAUGCGGAGACACCUUGCGCCGGAAUACAGAGUGCACACCAUCUCUUUCAAAGACCCCAAUCCCAUGCACAUUGAUGCCACAUUCAACAUCAUCGGACCGGGCCUUGUGCUUUCCAACCCAGAUCGUCCGUGCAAUGAGAUCGAUCUCUUCAAGAACGCAGGCUGGACGGUGGUUCACCCUCCAUUGCCCCUGAUCCCUGAUGACCACCCGCUGUGGAUGUCGUCUAAAUGGCUCUCUAUGAAUGUCCUGAUGCUGGAUGAAAAACGGGUGAUGGUCGAUGCCAACGAAACUACAAUCCACAAGCUGUUUGAAAGUCUCGGCAUUUCGACAGUCAAAGUGAACAUCCGCCAUGCCAAUUCCUUGGGAGGAGGCUUCCACUGCUGGACCUGCGACAUCCGCCGCCGUGGUACCCUGAAGUCUUACUUUGAUUAGGCAGGGUGCAGCUUUGGGAAGCUGCACGCGGUUAAGUUUGCAUGAACUAGGCAUAGGCAAAUGAAGAAGAGGAGAUCGGUUUCAUCUUUCUGCUUAAAAAGGGUGCGAGUGCAUGGGCUGCAAUGUUUGGGGCAGUGCCCACCUCCCCAACCCACCCCAAUGGAGGUAACAUGAACAAUGUGCCCUAAGAGCCUAUUCACACAUUACACAAAGCAAGCCCAUAAUGUGCCUGUUUGUUCCGUGGGGGUUUUUUUGCAUUCAUGCAUAUAUUUGUUCAGAAGUAAGCUCCACUGUGCUGCGUGUGGCUCAUUUCCAGAUACAGCCUUAAAACACUAAAUCUACUUACCGGUAUCUUUUUACAAAAAUCCCUUUUUAGAAGAUGCCUACAUUUUCAAAGGGCUCCUGCUACUCUUGGUUAGAUCCAGGCGGUUAGUUGCUGUUGGGUCUGCACUGAAACCAGUAGAACACUCUGUUGUGUAGAGCAUGGCGCUGAUAAUGCCAAGGUUGCAGUUUCAGACCCUCGGAGUCCCUUCCAGUUCUACAAUUCUAGGGAAGUGACCUGUUGCUGGCCUUCGCCUUCAUUUCCAUAGGACCUCAGUGGCUAACUUUGAAUCUACAAAACCCUGCUGAAACUUUUCUUACGCGAGUACAAUGUUUGGUCAUGACACACAUGACGUAACAGGCCAGUGUGGUGUAGUGGUUAAGAGCGGUAGACUCGUAAUCUGGGGAACCGGGUUCGUGUCUCCGCUCCUCCACAUUCAGCUGCUGGGUGACCUUGGGCUAGUCACACUUCUCUGCCCACCUCACAGGGUGUUUGUUGUGGGGGAGGAAGGGAAAGGAGAAUGUUAGCCACUUUGAGACUCCUUCGGGUAGUGAUAAAGCGGGAUAUCAAAUCCAAACUCCUCCUCCUCCUCCUCUUCUUCUUCUUCUUCUUCUUCUUCUUCUUCUUCUUCUUCUUCUUCUUCUUCGUAACUGUAUAACUUCUAUUUCAACAAAAACAAUUCACCAUAUCAUAUCACAAUAUGUAAUUCCAUAGACCAUCUUAUCAUUUGAGCAGAACAUAUUCUGGGAGAUUAAAGUUCAGCGGAUUGAUCAGGAGAUACAGUCUAUUCAGUUCUUUAUGUUAGCAACAUAAGAUCUCGAUCAAUCCACUGGACUUUAAUCUCUCAGAAUAUGUUCCGCUCAUAUGAUAAAUUGGUCUAUGGAAUUACAUAUUGCGAUAUGAUAUGUUGAGUUGUUUUUUGAAAUAGAAGCUAUACAGUUACAUACAGCCUGUUACGUCGUGUGUGUCAUUGCUCUGAAUCUACACCUUUCCUGUAUAGGUUCUGUAGCCUUUAAAACAACUCGGGUGCGCCCUCAAACCCUGUAAUGUGUGAAGUGGCCCUUAGCUCGUCUAGGCCAAAGUUUCAACUCCUCAUCAGCAGUACAGGUCGUCUGGCUGGCUUUUUGAAAGACUUCCACCUACCCGUGAAGCCCCUUCUUACCUUCACUUCCAGGAUGCACAAACUUCAACAGUACUUUUCAGCCUCCUAGAGGUCAACUGGUUGAUCCUGCUCUACAUCUACCUCUUUUCAAAAAGGCAGCUAGAAAGGUUAGACCUGAGUUUGAACAGAAAUCUUUCCAGUAUCUUUUCUAAUUUGAGUGUGUUUGUGGCUACACAUCACACUUCAUAAAAUUUAAUGCAAAAUAUUUAAAUACACAGAUCUUAUAUGGACCUUGGUUUUUACUGAUUUUAUAUAAGCUAUUUAGGUUAGUUUGACUUGUGUUGUUGUUGUUUCAAAAAAGUUUAAGCCCCAUGCUGAUGUGGCUGUAACUGAAUUUAUUAAUCACGGAGGAAUCAUAUCAUGCCCUCUGUGGACCCGCUUGACACCCAUUCAUUGGAGUAGGGGAGCUAUGUGCAAUCCACUUGCAAUCCAUCACACAAAGGUCCUCAUGAAUUGAUUUUUAAGCACACAAGCCUUAUUUGGGGGUUCCUGGUUUGCUACACAGAUUUGUCCAAUGUUAUCCUUCUAUUUUCCUCCAUUCCCUGUUCUUUACGAUACGCUUCUGGAAGCAGUGGCCUGCUUCACACAGCAUGGUACGCCAAACUAUGGCAUGCAUGUCUCCUGAUGUAUGCUGCCGUAACUGUGCCUAUCUCACUCUUCCUUUCCUGCGCUGACAGUAAGCAAACUAUUGUGCCGGUUUACGGUUCGGUGCAAAAUUGAUCCUCAAAGUCUGUUUCUUUCCAAACAAACCACAAGAGGGAGACCUUUUUUCCAGCAGCAUGUACAGUACCAGCAUUGUUACUUGUUCGCAGCACGCCAUAGUUUGAGUUUCUUUGGCGGGUAAACGCAAAACCAAGUGCGUACUUUGUCAUGAAGUGCACACCAAAAGAAUAGGCGGGAAACUGUGUGACACAAAGUUUUGAAUGUAUAUUUGCAAAAAUUGCCAGACCAGAAAAAGAUUGAUCUCUCUCCAUCCUUAAAGUUGGCACAACCUUUGCCCUUGAAAUGGGAGAUUCCUAAAGGUCCACCUUAGGAGGCCAGGCCUUCAUAUAUAUAUAUAUAACUCUGAACCUCAUGCUUUUCCUGAACGCAUGCUCCCUAGAUGACUCAGAUGUUAGAGCAUGGUGCUGAUAACACCAAGGUUGCAGGUUCGAGCCCCUUUAUGGGACAGCUGCAUAUUCCUGCAUUGCAAGGGGUUGGACUAGAUGAUCCUCAGGGUCCCUUCCAUCUCUAUUCUAUGAUUAUACUUAAUAUAAUAUAGAAUAAUAUAGAAUUUUGCACGAUGCAGAGAAAAUGGGUAGGUAAUUCCCCCCCCCAGCUAAAACAUGGGGACUUUAAAUGAAGCUGAAUGUUGGAAGAUUCAAGGCAGACAAAAUAAAAGCUAACAACAACAACAACAACAAUUUAUUAUUCAUACCCCGCCCAUCUGGCUGGGUUUCCCCAGCCACUCUGGGCGGCUUCCAGCAGAAUAUUAAAAUACAACGAUUCAUCAAAUAAUUAAAAGAAUCCCUAAACAGGGCUGCCUUCAGAUGUCUUCUAAAAGUCCGAUAGUUGUUUAUUUCUUUGACAUCUGAUGGGAGGGCGUUCCGCAGGGCGGUGAUGGCUACCAAUGUGGAUGGCUUUAAAAGAAUAGGCAAAUAAAUGAAUAAGAAUAAAAGAACAAACAAGUAAGGCUAUGUUUUACUUCUGCUGCUUCCGAAUGCCAGCUGCUGGAAACCACUGGAAAGGGAGAGGGCUCUUGAGUUCAGGCCUCGCUUGCAGGUUCCCCUUAGGUCUCUGGUUGGCCACUGUUUUCAUGAGGUGGUGGUAACGACAGGAAAUUCAUGCACAUAGCCCCUUAUUCCAGUGUAUGGGUCUGGAGAUGGGUCAGGAGAAAGGGCUUGGUCACCUUCCUACGCAAUCUCAUCCGCAUAGUGCUUUCUAAAGCUCUAGACUUUGUAUCUAGUGCCCUGGUUUAGGAAGUAGUUCUUAUUCAAUGUAUCUUCUCUCAAUGAACAUCACUUCCGGUUUGUUUGUUUUUAAAGUUUCCCAUGUGUGCCAGCACAUUUGAUUUCGUGAGCUUUUUUUGAAAGGUUUUUAUUGUUGAUAUUAUUGUUAAUAAUCUUUAGCAGAAAUGCCAAAUCGUGGGAAUUUUAAGGAUACCCACCAGUGCUGUAAAUUAAAUUUUCAAUACUGAUUUCCUCAAUAUGUAUUUUUAUGCUGAUAAAACAUGUUUGCAUUUGUGAA